AGGAAAAAGAGGCUUUCAGGUUUUGUUGACCGUUUCUGUCCCCAACACGCUCUCCCUCUUCCCCACUUCUUCUUCCUCUUUCUCUUACACACACACACAUGUAUUUGAUACCACUCUCAACUAUCACCACCAUACCCUUCAUCCAAACCUUCUUCUUUUGAAUGGGUUGCUUUCUUGGUUGUUUUGGUUCCUCCAAACACAGAAAGCACAAGCACAACGCUCAUGUUCAUAGAAAUGGUAGUAGCAACAGCAAGCAAGAGCAACCUAGUGUCUCUUUGGUUCAGGAUUGCUCCAAAAAUGCUGUGAACCCUUCACCACAACUCCAGGAUAAAAGUGAGGAGCAAGUCAGUGUGAGUAGCAGAAAGAAAGUGACAUUUGAUUCCCAUGUGAAGACCUAUGAGCCUGUUUUGGCUGAAGAAUUUGAAGAGAGGAAGAGUGAGGAAGGUGGAAAGGAGGAAGCUUUGGCCCAAUCAAAGUCAUCUUUCUCUGAAGAUAGUUCUCUGACUUCAACGGGAUCUUUCCCUCCCAACCAUAGGUACCAGAAUUGCCGGGACAGUGAUGAGGAGGAGGAAGAGAUUGAUUACGGGGACAGUGAUCCUAGUGAUGAAGAUGAGGAUGAUGAUGUCAUCAGAGAAGAAUGCAUCGGAGAAGAUGGGGUGGUGGUAACUGCUGCUUCUGAUCAUGUGUUUGCUGAAGAGGAUGUUGAUGUGAAGUCAAUUGGAUCCAACCCCAAUGCUAGAGACAGAAGUGUUUAUGUUCAUCCUGUGCUGAACCCAGUGGAGAAUCUCACUCAGUGGAAAGCUGUUAAGGCUAAAAGAACACCACCAUCAAGGCCUCAGAAAGAGAAUGAUUUGCCAUUUGGUGUCAAAAAACCAUCUUUCAGCUUGAAUUCAGAAACUGACGCACCAAAGAAGUUGAACCAGGAUAUUCCAGUUGAUGCCAGCUUGUCAAAUUGGUUGUUCUCAUCAGAAACUACACCACAAACAAACAAGGCUGGCUCAGUGACUUUUGAUGCUGGUACCCCUGACAGGAGCACAACCUCACAAGGUUCAUAUUCUGUGAUAAGUCAUGAAGAUAGGCCAAUUUUAGGGGCAUUGACAUUGGAAGAGAUCAAACAAUAUUCGGCUACUUCGUCUCCAAGGAAGUCGCCAAGUAGGAGUCCAGAUGAGAUGCCUAUUAUUGGCACUGUUGGAACCUACUGGAAUGUCUCUGCUGAGAAUUCUGGCUCAGCUUCUUCCUUUAAAGGGAUUCCAAACACAACAAGCAAGUACAGAGAGGAUAAGACAGUGAAUUGGCACUCAACCCCUUUUGAGACAAGGUUAGAGAAGGCUUUGAAUAGAGAUGGUGCUUCUGCUUAUGUUCCUCGUGUAUUCUAGACAAGCUUGCAAUAGUGUGUGGUUUUGGGGAGGGAGUGAAUUGUGCAGGAAUGUAUUUUUUAUAUUCUUUUGUAAACGUGAUAGAGUGUAACGGUCUACUUCUCUAUUAUAAUUUGUACUUGGCUUUAAAAAGUUCAGCCUGUGGUGCGCUUCCCUUGGAAAAUUCAAGUGCAGAUUAUAACAUGUAAUAUUAAUGAUAAUAUCUGUGCAGUCUUGCUGAAAUCAUA